AUGGGGACUCCUGCAGUUUACUCGUCUCUCGAAAAAGAGGACCGGCCCGAGAAUGCUGCUCGCCAAGACGCCAACCACCGUCCUCCUGCACCUACGGUCGAGAACGACGCCACAAAGGGCUUGUACAAGCUUGACAACUACUUGAAGGCCUACAUCAUCAUCUUGGGCGUGUACCUCUCUGCCGCUCUGUUUUCUGUGGCGUGGUCCUACACGGGUGCCCUCCUGGACAAUGACGCUUCCAAGAGACGCGUGUUCCGCACGAGCGAGAGACUCCCCGUCGACCAACUAUACUCCGGUUUGGCUCUAUCGGCACUCUUGGCCCCUGCUGGUGUUGUUGUUCAAUGGGUUGUGCACGACUUUCGUCGUCUUCAUCUUUUUGCGUUGACGACGCAGAUGCCUGUUAGGAUCAGAGACUUGGAUGAGAUUGGCGACAACUUUAGUGUCUGGACGUUGAGAACCGUGGCGAGGUACUCUUGGUGGUAUGGCUUGAUGCAGACCGUCUUGAUCUUGACGCGAACCCUCCUUGUACCUGUUGGUACCCUCAGCCUUACAGUUGGACCAUACACCCACUACGAAGAGGGGACUGGUGUCAUUGGACUUCCCCUUGCACCAGCUGACGCGGCCAUGAACAACAUCACAUCCCUUUCAACCGCCAUGGGUGCAAGCAACGGAACCGAGUUUCGACCUUCGCUUGCCAAGAAUGACACCUUCCUUACUCAGGCAGUGUACACAUUUGUCGGUAACCUCGUUAGCCAAAGUGCCCUCGUCAAUGUCGAUUCGGGAAUACUCGGCCCUGUACCCACACACAACCUGACCUUCCAAGCCAACACUACAUAUGACGGACUUGUGUACUUUCACUGGGACGCUCACUGUGAGGCCGCUGAUGAGGUGACGUAUAAAACCUACCAGAGCGGCAGCAACACCACCUACAACUUUACUCUUCCCGAUGGAAGUGUCGAGAGCAUCGAACUUCGGGGCAAGUCGCAUGGUUCUCAGAGGCUGAGGCUAUGGAAUAACGCCUCAACCGAGAGCACCAACAAGAUCCCAACUGGCGGCUCGACUUACUUCCUCUCGGCCACUCGAACGAUCCCAACUAUCAAUGCCACCGCGCUGCGGGCCAAGGGCUCCGACAACAGUCUUGUUCAGACCGACGAUGGAGACUGGAUAUCUCGAACCAAGUGCACGCCUUCCCUCGAAUGGUCAAUUGGAUCCUGCAAUUUCAACGGCACCAUGAUGACAGACUGCAUGCCAUCGCCGAGAUCCAACACCUCUGCACUCGACACCGAGGCGCUGGAUGCGCUGGUUGUGUACAUGACAGCUAUCCCGUGGUUUAUCUUUGAGAACCAACUCGCCAUCGUCGACGACACCUUAGACGCCCUCUACUCGAUCCCAACAUCAGAAGAUCUAGGCCACUUCUUUGGAAACAUGGCACACGCAAUCGUCUCCAUCAGCACCGCCGGCUACUUUGGCACUUCAGAAGUCCCCACCCUCUCUCGCGUCAUCGAACAAGUCUACAUCGUCCGCUGCAGCGUCCUCAUAGCGGUGACAAUCAUGAUCGGCCUCUGUGUCACAGUUUCCGUCCUCGACAUCAUCCGCAACCAGACGCGAGGCCUACCCUACCUACCCGCCGACUUCUUAGCGAUUGCACAUGCUCCAUGGGGCAUCACAAAGUCACGGGAUCCCAAUUCCACUGUUAUGUUUGGCAUUGAUAACUCAGAUCCGAGGUACAUAAGACUGGCACCAUCCGUCGUGCCUAUUCAUCGAUAA